AUGUACAAGCUGGUGGUGUUUUUCGCUAUAUGUGCUAUUGUUGCCGCACGUCCAGGGUACCUUGAGGCUGGACCACUUCUUCAUAGCUAUGCUGCUCCUGCAACUAUUAUCCAUGAGCCAGCCCUGGCAAAAGUGGGUCACAUUGUGAAGACCAUUCCUAGUGCUGUAUCCCAUCAAAGUAUAAGCCAGGUGCACAGUUCGGCUCAUAUAAUUCAGCCAAUUGUGGCCCCUAUAUUGAAGACCACCUACACGGCUCCUAUUAUUAAAACCUAUGCAGCUCCAGCCUUGCACGCAACUUUGUUGACGCCCUCUUGGGCUAGUGGUCACGGGUGGGCUCCAUCUUGGUAGAUCUUUGUCGAUAAAACCACGAUGAUUAUGAUUCUGCUGGCCAUCACCAGAUUUGGUUUGCAGAAAAAAUUGUGUUUU